AUGUCCAAAGUCCGGGAAAUAUCUCUCAUAGAAGGUCAGUCUCUACAGAAAUCAGAGAUCUCACACGGGGGAGAAGUAUUCCUGUUCAAAGUGCGGGAAAUGUUUUUCACAGAACUCCAGUCUGCAUGUAUAUUAGAGACCUCACAUGGGGAAGAUGCUACACUCCUGUCCUUAGUGCAGGAAAUGUUCUCAGAUAACUUUAGUCUUUACAUAUAUCAGAGAUCUCAAACAGGUGAAAAACCAUAUGAUUGUCUAGAGUGCGGGAAGUGCUUUUCAGUGGAGACCAAUAUUUAUACACAUCAGAGAUCUUACACGGAGAAGCUGUACUCCUGUCCGGAGUGUGGGAAAUGUUUUACGGAGAAGCCCUUUAAUUCACAUACAUCAGAGAUCUCAUCGCAUCGGGGACAAGAGGGUGAGUGA